GAAAACGAGUUGGAUCGUCAAGUUUUGGCCAGCAACUGCUGGGCAUUCGAUUGAGGGGGGUAUAAAUUAAACAAUCGGGUAGUAAACAAGACAUACUUGAACAUCAAGUCGACUCAGUAGCAACUCUUCCUCUAAUCAUCAUGUACAAGUCAAUGACUCUUUUGGUUUUGGUGGCUUUGGCUGCUUGUGUUGUUUCCAUGGAGACUCAGGACCAAGAAGCUGCUGAGCAAUACUACAGCAUUCACGGUGUUUACCCCAAAUGGUACACCUAUAGGACCCCUGGCUACACCGCAGUUCAAAGUUACCCUUACCUCGCCUACGCCGGCUAUCCCUCCACCUACACCGGCUAUCCCUCCACCUACACCGGCUAUCCCUCCACCUACACCGGCUAUCCCUCCACCUACACUGCCGGAAUCAAGAACGUAGUCUCUCCUUAUUACGCAGCUUAUCCCUAUGGUUACAACUCCUAUCCUUAUGCUGCUCCCUACAUUCCUUACGUCGCUCCGGCCGCCCCAGCAGCCCCUGCCAAGGCCUAACCUGAUCCGCAAAACACAGACUUGAACCACAUCAAAACAUCCUCUCGAUAUUGUCAUUUUAUGAUGAAUAAAAAAGUGGCACGUUUUUAAACAGCUUACAAUUGUACGACGAACAACCAGGCAACAAUACAAUGAUAUCAUAUGGACAGUGAA